AGACAGGAAGUUGGACAUUGUUUACAAUCUGCUUCCAAUCGGCUUUCCAAGUUAGCGCGUGCGGUGGAGUUCAACGUUAUUUCCCGUUAUUUGUUUGCUUUAUUUCCGCCGGUGUCACCGACAGGGACGCAGAGGAAGUGCGUCUCUCUCGGUUUCUCGUCGGUAACGACCCCGAAGAGAGUUUGAGGCGACUACCGUCAGUUUAGCGCGGCCAUGUUAGCUGGAGUUAAGUUAGCCGUUACGUCUGUUCACGUCAGAUGAACGUGAGCUAAAGUUGGCCACGCCCCUCGCGGUGUGUCACGCGCCUCGCUCGCGUCCCGCGGAGACCGACCCGAACCACGCGGCUUUGCAGUCAAUGAGCUCGUCACCGCCUCGGGAGGCUGCGUCCCAUUUCUACCCGUCACUGUUUUUGACUGAAGCUGUCUGCACACUCGGCUCCGACUGAAGUCCUGCCUGCAGCAGCAGCAGAACGUGUGUGAUAUGCAGCCGGCCAGUGUCUCCUUUGGCAAAGAGAGGACACUUGUUUUAGAUGAUGAGGAAGAGGAGGAGAAGAACAGUGGUCGUGAAGGUGUGACCCAAAAAAAGGAGAGUGGGAUAAAAAAAGAUAAAGAGGGGAAGAAGACGAGUCCAGGUCAGGUGGAUGCAGCCGCCGUGGAGGUCCAACAAGCCCCCGGAGCCUCCACAGUGCCAGGAUCAAGCGAGAGGAAGACGAGGACGAAGAUGUGGAGGGCGAAGAAGAAACUGACGAAGAAACAGCUCAAGGCGGCUGACACUUUGGAUACUUUAAUGUCGGAGCUUCCGUUUUCUCUGACCAGCCCCACGACAUGGAAAGAGCUCGGAUUCUCCAGCUCAAAGUCAACCCAGAAGGAGAGGAAGAGGAAGAGGGGAGACAAUGGAGGGCGAGUGGACAGUGAAGAGGACGCUGAGAUGAAGAAAAAAAAGAAAGAGAGCCAACGACCCAACUACUUUGUCUCCAUCCCCAUCACCAACACACAGAUCAGCGCCGCUGUGCUCGAGGUCCAAGAGGCGGUGCUUCAGCGGGAGCCCCGAUUGGCCAGAGCCAUGAUCCCGGUCCCAACGCUCCACAUCACGCUGUUGGUCACUCAUCUCGCCAGUCAGGAGCAAGUGGACCUGGCGGCAACCGUGCUGGCUCAGUUCGAGCCGUCAUUGGCUGAGCUCCUGGGUGGGCGGGACCUGGUGCUGCCCUUCUCGAAGAUCGGCCACUUCAGGAAGGAGGUGGUGUUUGUUGGACUGGCCGCCGGACAACACAGACACACACUGGACAGUGUGGCAGAGUUGUUGCGCGGCCAUUUUGAAGAGCGGGGUCUUCUGCAAGAAGGCAAUCGUGGGUUUGAACCCCACCUCACCAUCAUGAAGCUGUCCAGAGCAUCAAAACUACGAUCACAGGGUAUCAAGCGUGUGGACCCAGCCCUCUACUCCAACUACACUAACAAGUGUUUUGGAGACCAGACAGUUGAGCGGGUGGAUCUUUGUUCCAUGUUGAAAAAGAAGCAACAAGAUGGAUAUUACCACACUGAGACGUCACUACAACUUGGUGGGCGUCGCCGGUCUGAGCCCAACGAGGCGGAGCUCCUGAAGGUGAGCAGGCGAUUGGUCGAGGAUGCCAUCAACCGCGCCUUGCAACAGUACAAACAGGAAACUCUUCAAAAUGGGGGUGGGCCUAACGCCACGGCACUGCAGCCCCAAGGAAACACAGAGGAUGCUGCAACAAAGACGGACACUACCGCUUACGCCGCCACAGACAACAGGAAGUGACAUCAUCGGACUGAGGUACAGAGACUGACCAACCAGCCGCCCAGAAAAACAUCAGCCAGGGCGAACAAGGAGAUGGGUCCGUAGUCCCUGGGCACAAAGCCUGAACCAGCAAACCAGUCGGCCCAGUUUGCUGACUAGCUAACACGGCUAGCCAGUCAUGCUAGCUACCUGCCCAACUGACCUAGCUUGACACAAUGCUAUUUAAAUAAAUACUGUAGCUUGAGUUCAGGUGAACGUCCCAACAGGCCGGCUAGCCAAGACUUGUUGGUUAACUCACUACAUCCUCCAGCGAGGACAUCCUCACUCAGCUGUCGGUCUGCGUUUGCACAUCAGACGCAGAAAACUGAAAAAUGUGGAGCGCUCGUCCAGAGACGCACAUGCGGGGCUCACUUUGACCUGCCACUCACAAACUGCCCCUUUUUUUUAAAAUUAAGAUGAAUCAUUUGUUGUCGAUUGUUCGGUUUUAUCAUCACCUGCACUUAAAAUGGGACCUGAUCAUCUUUAAAAAAAAAAAUUUAAAAAAAACUUUUCCUUAACUUUUAUUGUAUAAGGGUAAGAAAAUAUUUUACUUUUUCUUCAGCGUCGGUUUCUCUUGAAAUGUCCGCCGCUGUCUUGAUUGACAAAAUGUUCUGCUCAUCUUUGUGGGGGGUUGAUGAAGAGAGCUGGUGUGACUGUGGUGACCGGAUUCUUCAAACUUCAGGACGAGAUGUUGACAGCUUUUUGUCGUAUUUUGCGGCUGAUCUGGGUUCCAAAGCCCUUUUGAGUUCAGUUCCAGGAACCUUUAAACUUCCAGCAUUUAAUUUCACUUUUCUCAUAAGGCUGCAUACCACGCUGCAUCUUUGUCUUUCUUUUCUAGAAAGUGAUCUGGCCUCAGCUGCGCUUUAAAUAUUCUACAUUGUUGUUUAAUUAACCUAAACGUGUGUCCUGCCGAUGCAGCACUGAGACAAUUGUCAACUCACAUGUUUUCAAACAGAAACUCACCUUUUUUUUUUGUUUUUUUUGUUUUUGAAGCCCGAUCGGGACUCUGUUGGUCCGCCAACUGCUAUCCCUCUGUCACUUUAACUGAUCUCCACUAAUAGCGCUAACUUUACAAAGAAUGACUUGGAGAUGCUUCAUUGCUGACGCUAAAGAAUAAAAUAACACUCCAACAACACACUACAACUUGCCACGUAAGCAUUUUCACUCCAUUAAUGCCAAAACUUCCAUUAAUGCCCUGCGUGCUCGUCUCAAUGAAAACUAUCUAUUAUUACUACUACCGCACACAGGCAUUAAUUACAUAAUUCCUGCUUCCUGCCUGAUCAUUUAUAAAUGAAUUAGAUUUUUUGUUUACAUGCUAUAUUUUCAGGAAAUUGAUUUGAGGCAGCAGCAACGUGCACAGAUGGCAGACUUUGCUCGGUGGUCACUGGGAGUACUCGCGCUGAUCUAAAGGCGCUUUUAUUUUGUAGUACUGUACACGUCAGAGCAUUUACAGCCGAGCGAGUUCUUCAGAUGGCGGCGCUGAUGUCGGGGAGGUCAACUCGCUGCUGUCAGCCGAAAGCCCUCCGGCUACGGAUUUCAGUGUCUUCCAUCCGUUUAUUUUUGUUCAAAUGCCUUUGAACCCACAGCUCAUGAAAUCCAUUCAGAAACACACAGGCGUACAGUGUGGAAUUAGGGGGGAUUGUUUGAAUUGUUUUAAGGUUUUCAACAAGAGGAGGAGGAUGAAAAGUGCUUGAUUUACUCUCUGAUAUUCAAUGUUAUUUUAUCCUUUCUAACUAUUAUUUAUGUCGCUUUGCUGUCCCUCCUUAAAGAAAUUAAUUUCAUGUGAAAAGAUAAUUUUAUUGUGAGAAAAAAGGCGCUUUGUUUUGCAUUCAAAGGUGGCAAAAGCACAAUUUUUUUUUAAUUGUCUUUGCUUUCACUUUUUAAAGAGUAGGUAAAUCAAAUCACCUCUGUUCAAAGUGGCCUUAAGUCACGAAAAACAAAUAGAUGUAUCUGUAAGUGCUGACGAUGCAGAACUUACUAGCACAACAUGGCUAUUUGUUAAGCCAAUGGAGGGUGUUUUGGGGGAUGAUGGCUUGUUUUGCUGUGAGAUUCAGACUCUAAAUGUAAACCUGGAGUUGGAUUCUUGAGUUAAAUGUUAAAGAUCGUCCACCAUGAAACACAAAUCAUGUAAGCGUUGUCAUGAGAUAAAUCCCCCGAGAACCAGAGAGUCGGUUUACCGGCUCAGAUCUCCAGCCCUGUGAGGUUUAUUUCCUUCUAGUGCGAACAGGAGGGAGCUGGAAAAUGUGCCCCGGCGGUCUCUAGUUAAAUCCACUUAAGUCCCGUCGCUGUGGACUCAUUGAAACGUCCAUAACAGGUGAUUUCUGUCUCACGGUGGACUUUGAUCGUUUCUGUUUUUGAUCUUUUAUUGUCACCGGAUCCUUAAUCUCCUUAAAAUCUCCUUUAAUACACAAAUUGUCCUGUUGGCCUGUAUGUUAGUCUGUCUCUGAGAGAGAGAGAGAGAGAGAGAGUGUGUGUGACGGUAGGAUGUUUGAUCAGUGGUUCUCCAGAGAAAUGAUUGUCUCUAUCAAUCAUGAAAACUCCAGUGUGUGUGUGUGUGUGUUUUCUGUUUGUCUUUCCAUUCGUCCGCGUGUGCGUCUGACCGCGUGGGUGUGAUGUUGUACCGUGUUGUAUAUCUUGUUCUGCCAUAUUUGAACAAUAAAACAGGAUAUGAGAUUCAAAACC